AUGAGAAGUUUUAUUAUAAUAUUCGUAUCAUGUUAUGUGGUUCAUUCAAAGGCUAUCGAAUGUGGUAUUGGCAAAUCUAACAGAGAUGAAAUUAGACAAGCACUUGAAACGUGUGUCAAAAACAACGACACCCUGAACAAGAUCUGGGAAAUGACGAUGUCAUCUUCCCAAUCAAUGCCUUCUGGUGUGGAAAAGGAAUCAGACUCGACGGAAGAAGAAAAAGGCAAACCAAUCUCUGGAACCAAUGCAAAAAACUCAAGAAACGGUAGAGGAAGUAGAAUUAAAAGAGCUAAAUCAGGCAAGUCCUUCAGUAACCAACAAUCAACUACAAUGAGGAGUAACAACAAUAAGAAUAAGAUGAACGAUUCUGACGAAGAUGAAUCAAAUAACGGCAGCAAUGAUUUGUCUGAAGAAACAGCGAACAGCAGCCAAAGUGCAUCGGAAAAAUGCAUCGUUCACUGUGUUCUAGAACAACUGAGCAUGACUGACGAUAAUGGUUUCCCAGAUCAUUCAAAAAUUAUCAACGAGUUGAUGAAAGAUAAUCCUAAACGUGAAGUGAAGAAUUUUCUGCAAGAUACCACUGACGAAUGUUUCCAAGAAGUUGAUGAAGCAAAUGAGUCUGAUUCCUGCGAAUAUUCCAACAAACUAAUCAUCUGCUUGGCUGAGAAAGGAAAAUCGAAUUGUGCUGAUUGGCCAGCUGGGACCCUACCAUUUUGA